UUGGUUGACCGAGUAUUUGAUGAAAGUCUCAAUUUUAGAAAAAUCCCUCCACUAGUGCAUGCCAAACCACCAGAGGGGAAUGGAAGGCCUAACGAUGCUAGACCUCAGCUAACAGAUGCCCUUGAUCCCCCAACAAUUACCCGGAGAAGGACUUGGAGCAGAGAUGAAGUUAUGGGGGACAGCUUGCUGUUGUCCUCGGUCUUCCAAUUUUCUCGCAAGAUAAGACAAUCCAUAGACAAAACAGCUGGCAAAAUCAGAAUAUUAUUUAAGGACAAAGACAGAAAUUGGGAAGAAAUUGAAAACAAGUUGCGAGCUGAAAGUGAAGUUCCUAUUGUGAAAACAUCAAGCAUGGAAAUAUCAUCAAUCUUACAGGAACUAAAACGGGUUGAGAAACAGCUGCAAGCAAUUAAUGCUAUGAUCGACCCUGAUGGUACCUUGGAUGCUCUGAGCAACUUGGGAUUCACCAGCCCCGUCUUACCAGCUCAGCCGAAGCCGAAGUCCAGUCCCGUUUCCCAGAGUACCCGCCCUCAAAUACAGCCAAACUGCCAGCCUGAAGCUCGGGCUCUUCGACCCGCCGCUGUCCCUGUUGCAGCUGAAUUUGAGAAUGCUGAAUCUGAGUCCAGUUUCAGCAUACAUUUCAAUAGGUUUAAUCCAGAUGGGGAAGAGGAAAAUGCCACCCUGCGUGAGUGACAUCUCCGUGUUAAUACAAAUACCUUUCAUGUGGAAUGUUUAGGAAUAAAGGAAAAAUUGUAAUAUUGGUUUUAUAAUU